AACACCGCUUCCGUUGGUACCCGUUCGGUGUCCACCGCUAGACGGCGACCGGAGUGUACCCUCAGGAGAUGUUCAGCCGUUGAGAUCGAAAGGACGAUGAUGAGUUCUAUUAAAUUCCAUCUAUUUCCAUCCGGGCUUAGUUCGACUUCAUCCCGAGCGCCCGCCGGAGGUUUCCAAUUUGUAUCCCUGCGACCGCAUCAGCAUAUCCGAUUUGCGGCCCUCUCGAUCGAUUCCGGCAAUAUAUCCUCUCCGGAGCAGUCCGAUCAGCCUCGCCUCACCUCCAUUAUUGGAUCUGCUCCUGUUCAACAACCCCUUCAAUCGGUCAUCAUCACUCCUGGGCACAUUAGACUCCUCACUUUCUGCGCCUGCGCAGCAGCAGUUUCAACAACCUGGCUACUUUUCUCGACGAUUCCAAAGCUUCUGGACCUAAAGAGAUCCGCUUCAUCGCUUGAGAAGCUAAUGGAUGCAAUGGAGGAGGAGCUUCCUGAAACAAUGGCUGCAGUGCGGUUAUCUGGAAUGGAGAUCAUUGACCUGACAGCCGAGCUGAGUGAGCUCGGUCAGGAUGUAACAGAAGGCGUGAAACAAUCCACACGAACUGCACACUUGGCUGGGGAAAGGCUGCAGCAGUUGACGCGGGGAGCUUCCCAAAUGCAACCAAAGGCAGAAGGAUCAGAAUUGGCUAGAAAUGUGAGGAGCAUAAGGGAAGGGAUUGUCAAAGGCCAUUCAAGCUUGAAAAUGCUUUUUACUCUUUUCCCAUACUUGGUUUCGGCCUUCAACUUCUUCACACUCCAAGCUAUGAGGAGAGGUGCUUUAAAUUGAGAUCAAAAGAGUUACAAGGGCUUACAUUCAGAUCCCAGAAGUGCGGAGUGUGGAUAACUAUUUUUUGUAUCUGCAGCAUCCUCCAUUUUCUCGGAAGAACAAAAGUAGAGAUAGGAAGUUUAAUUGGAGCAUUUAUUGCUGCUGAAAACUUGUGGCUUCUUAGGCGUUCUGUUAUGGGGCAUGGCCGCUGCCGGGUGACCACGCGCCCUGUCACGGGGCGACCAUGGUGACACAGGUGGCAUGACGGAGAAAAAGAACACGAAACACGUUCCCAAUCACAACUUGACGUACAACUUGACCCUGACACCGAGCUGGUACGUAGCAAGAAUAAGCAUAUGAAGGAGGUGCUAGAUAAAACCACGAAGUCGGGCAUAACCUAGUGGAUUGAGGACGAGGAGGUUGCCCUAGCUGAGCCUAUAUUGACACCUCUAAGGAUCAAAAGAUCGGUUAGAUUGUCGAAAUCAAACAUUCUCAGGAUGCGGGUUCAGAGUCAUUUUUUCGCGGUGAUGGGCUUGGGCGAGACAUGCAAGCAAAGAUUUUCAAGUUCGUCAAGAUGUUGAAUGAGCACAACAACAAAAGAAAGAGUGGCCACACCCCACAACGACGAGAUGGUAACAAACGUCGCCUUGAUGCAAUAUACUUGGGAAAGGAGUGCAAUUACGCAUCUCAAGGCAUUGCAACUCAUGCGUACUUUCACAAAGUGGCAUCCCGUGUUCAAACUCCAAGUCUCAAAAUGCUCGAAGAUGAAUUCUUCAAUCGAUGUUGUUCGGUACAUUCCUCCUCAAGAGUCCAAAUAACUUUGAACGACUCAGGUGAAUAGUACUUCAUGGCUCCCGUAUGUAGCCGGCCGCCUGGUCCUAAUAACCAAAGAAAAUGUUUCAUAACCU